AUGAUGAGGACUCCACCUUCCUCCCUCCUUCCCCAUGUCCUCCCUUCCCCUGCUUUUCCUCCCAUCAGUCAAGCCAGUGGUGGUGGAGGAGCCAAACCCGUGGUGGUGGAGGUGUAUGACGGGGGGGUGCUGAGGGAGCUAGCAGACAACCCGCAGCAGUUCAAGGAGAUAGUCGCUGACAUCUUCAAGGUCUUCAACAAGGACUCCACUCCCCUCUUCCCCAUUUUCCCAUCCAAACCCGUCGUGGUGGAGGUGUACGAUGGGGGCGUGCUGAGGGAGCUGGCGGACAACCCGCAGCAGUUCAAGGAGAUAGUGUCGGACAUUUUCAGGGAGUUUGACGAGGACGGCAGCGGCACGCUCUCUCGCCUCGAGCUCAAGCCCGCCUUCGUCUCCCUCGGCCUCGUGCCGCCCUCAGCCCACACGGAAGUGGACGCGCUACUCUCCAGAGUGAUAGGCAAGUACGGAGGCAGCGACCUGCAGGUGGACGAGGGGGAGUUUGAGCUGAUGCUGGGCGACAUGGUGAAGGAGCUCUCAGAGGAGCUGGCGUGCCGCCCCAUCAUCCUCUCCGCUGAGAAGAAACCCGUCUUCACCGGCUCCUUUGUGCGCCAGCUCACAGGCGACCGCAACCAUUUCGACGCCGUCGCGAGCCAGCUGUUCAUGGAGUGGGACAUCCUCCACCGGGGCCGGCUCUCCCGCACCGAGAUCAUCCUGGGCUUUAAGAAGUACACAUCCUCGUUCGAGGUGCAGCUGCUGACGCCAGGAGAGGCGGAGGAGCUGUGUGCGCGGGUGUUCAGCAAGGCAGACGAGGACCAGAGUGGGUUUGUGGAGUUUGACGAGUUUGACGGCGUGCUCAAGGAGCUGCUGAAUGGCAUGGCCAAGAAACUCGACCGCAACCCCGUUGUCACCACCUCAG